AUAGAAUCUAUGCCGAACAGAUAAUUGUAUUCCGAAUGAGGCGUAUACAUGACCAUUUUCUAUGCCGCAUAGAAAUCUAUGCGGCAUAGAUGUGUCCAUGUAAACGCGGCUACUGUGUACCAACGUAGUUAUCACACAUUUUAUACUUCACUGUGUGACUGGGUUGUUACAAUUACAGUAAAGGAAUUAUAUUCUAUAUAUAAAAAACAACUGCCCAUUUACUGUCAUACAUUCUGAUGGGUCACAGACUUCAGUGUAAAACUGUAACCAUUUAGUUCAAUCUUAUUUUUUGUCAAGGCUUAAUUAUUAACCAUGUUGAUGUUCUUAUUGCAGUACAUCCUCUCUAUAUAUUGGCACAAAGUCCUUCCGGCACAAUAUUUUAGAGGCUCAUGGCAAGAGCAAAAGGCACGAGCACUGUGCCGUUGCCGCCAGAGGAACAGAAGCACCCAUGCCAGCUGUCAUCGAAGGACUGCAAAAGAUGGAUGACGCUCUGCGUCUAAAAAUGACGAACAUUAUGCAUGCAGCAUAUUAUGUAGCAAAACAAGAAGUGCCCUUUACCCACUUUUCAUCCCUUAAUGGCCUGAUCAACAGGACUGGAGGAAGUCUUCCAGGCUGUUACCAGUCUGACAAAGCCUGUGCUAGGUUCAUCGUAGACAUUUACGAUGUGGAGAGGGAAAAGUUGCUGGAUAAAAUUAAAAAAGCCAUAUACUUUUCAAUUCUCAUUGAUGGGGCAACAGACAGCGCUACAUUAGAGAAUGAACUCAUUUAUGUUCGCUUUCUAGCAACGGAUGGGCCAGUCAAUGCCUACUUGUCUAUCCAAGACGUUAAACAUGGCAAUGCAAAUGGCAUCCUGGAUGCCAUCCAUGCAGCUUUUGAGGAAGCUGGCAUUAUUGAUUGGAAGGAGAAAUUAGUUGGGUUUGGCAGCGAUGGGGCAGCUGUGAAUGUGGGCUGCAGAAAUGGCGUUGCAGCGCUUCUGCAGAAGGAACUCAACCACCCCCUCAUCUCAAUCCACUGUGUUGCCCAUAGAUUAGAGCUUGGCAUCGUAAAGGCAAUUAAAACCCACAAAAAGAUGGAGCAAAUGCAGACAAUGCUAAAAAACCUGUACGAUCAGUACCACUACUCCCCCAAGGCUGUCAGAGAGCUCAGAAUGAUUGCAGAGGCACUUGAAGAAAAGGUGUUGAAGCCAUCAAAUCUACAUGGCGCCCGCUGGCUUCCCUAUGUGCAUCGUGCAAUCAAGAUUGUGUGUGACAGCUAUCCUGUACUGAUUGCACAUUUUGAAGACAUGGCGUCUGUGGAGAGGUUCCCUAAGCCUUCAGCUGCAGUUCUCGGCAGGGCCAAACAGGUCCUUUCCUACCUGAAAAGAUGCGAUAAUUUGCUCUUCCCCCACUUCAUGUGUGAUGUUUUUAACCACCUUGCCACCUUGAGCAAAAUGUUUCAAAAAGAUGACCUGACUGUGUGUCAGGCAGUUGAGAGCCAGGAGGCCUGUUUCUGGGAACUCACUUCAUUGAGGGUAGACAUGGGUCCCCAAAUGGCCAAGGUCAACCAGGCCAUAAAGGAGACUGGCGUGUAUAAAGGAGUGAGGUUCCAGAAUCCAACCCACAACACGCUUGAAGCAGAGAGGAUCGAGGUGAUUGAUUUGAUCAUCAAUCAUUUGGAAGAGAGGCUGAAGGAUCUGCAGCAAGGAGGCAUGGUUGCAAAGUUUAGGGCUUUUGACCCAUCGUCCUGGCCAGCAUGCAACCGUGCUGACCCAGUUGAAAAUGAGAGGUUCAGGCAGUGUGGUGUCGAUGAGAUGAGGGAGAUGGCCACGUUCUAUCAGGAGCUAUUGAGAAAAGCUGGCAUUGAAGUCGAUGAGGUUUUAGCUGAGUACAACCACUACAAGAUCUUUGCCAAGGGACGAGCAGCAGUGCCGAUGAGGGAGCUCUUCAUGAGUGUCUUGCAGUCAGAGGAAAGGCGAGAACGCUUCAAGAGCUUGGCCCCCCUCAUGGAGGUGUACCUGAUCCUGCCAGUAAACACGGCAGUGUGUGAGCGGGGCUUUUCUACAAUGAAGAGAGUGAAGACUGACUGGAGGUCGAGUCUUUCCUCUCUUCAGCUGCAGAGACUGAUGUUCCUGUCAGUGGAGGGCCCCCCACUGGAUAAGUUUAAUGCCGAAGCUGCAGUUCACAGGUGGUGGACAACCUGCCAAAGACAGCGUCGGCCAGGGUUCAACCCCUGGGAGUAUAGGCAGGGCUCAGAGAAUGAAACGGAAAUUUGAAGCCCUAGUCCACAAUUCCGUUUUGCCAAAGUUAAUCUACACUGUUCAUUGUCUUUUUGUAUUUUUUUUCCAUCACAAACGGUUAUGUAUUUUAAGUAAAGACCGCGAGUUCAAGCUGGUCUCACCAUGCUAGGUUUCCUCGGUUCAGAGAAUGAAAUACAUUUUGAGGCCCUUUCUUCUGUUGGGCUGACAGGUGGUUUGACAGCUUUGCAGACCAUAAUUGUUAUGUUUUGUAUUUGUAUUUACAUUAUAAUAAAUUAUUAUAAAAUCAAA